GUCUCUGGUUUGAUUUUAUGUCGCGCGUGCAGUUUCAGACACUGAUGCUUCAGGCUCCUGCUGAUCGAUCAGAUUUGAUUAUUGAUGAGUGAUUAUCAGUUCUUUUCCUUCGUGUGGUUCUUGCGUCAGAAUGCUUUCUCAUAUUUCAUCAGGAAUGUGGUGAAUAAAUGAUGAAGUGAUGAAAUAAAGAUGGAGGAAGACAAAGAUGCUCCUCCUGCAGGCUGUGUAGUCACGUGACCCGCGGUCUCUUCACUCAGAGCGCACGAGGAGACACACGGACGAUGCGAUGCGCGAGACGACGACGAACUGGUCUUGAAUCUGUCGUCUCUGUCUCCCUGCAGACAUCAGAGCCGCUGCUGACCGAGACGCUUUCUCUGACGAACCGGAGUUCGAUGCCGUGCGAGCCUCCGUACGAUGAGGGCCGCCUGCCGCUGGUGGUGCUGUACAGCGUUGUGCUAGCUGUCGGCCUGCCUGCUAACCUGUUGACCGCCUACCUCACCUGGCUGCAGGUGCGCAGGAACAACGUGCUGGGUGUUUACCUGUGGAGCCUGUCGUUGUGUGACCUCAUCUACCUGGGCACUCUGCCGCUGUGGGCGUACUACGUCAGCGCGGGUCACUUGUGGCCGUGGAGCGCGGCCACCUGCAAGCUAACAGGCUACAUCUUCUUCACCAACAUGUACAUCAGCAUCUUCCUGCUGUGCUGCAUCUCCUGCGACCGCUACGUCGCCGUCGUCUACACUCUGGAGUCCCGCGGCCUCCGCCGGCAGCGCUUCGCCGUCCUCAUCGCCCUCUCCAUCAUGUUGGUGGUCGCCGUCGGUCACAUCCCCGUCUUCACAAUGAGGGAGGGCGAUACCGCGGACCGCAACCACCGCUGCUUUGAGCCGAGUCAGACAAGUGCCACGGUGACGGGCUUCAACUACGCCCGCUUCGUGGUCGGCUUCCUGAUCCCGCUGCUGGUGCUGCUGGUGAUGAACUGCGGCAUCCAGGCCAACGUGCAGCGCAGCACGGGGCUGCGGCCGAAGCAGAAGAAGCGCGUUCGCUGGCUAGCGCUGGCAGUGGUGGUGCUGUUCCUGGUCUGCUUCGCCCCGUACCACUUCAUCCUGCUGGCCAGAGCCAUCAUCUUCCACUUCCCCCAGCUGGAGGACGGCACCUGUCUUUUCGAGAGGACCAUGUACACUCCCUACACCAUCUCGCUCGGUCUGUCCACCGUCAACAGCGCCAUUAACCCCAUCCUCUACGUCCUGUCCAGCGACAACAUCCGCAAAGAGCUGAGACGAGGCCUCGCACAGAUCUGGGACCGAGCGCACCUGAGACCACGAUCUGACAGCAGCCAGAACAGGCCCACCAAGAACUCCUCAGAGGCCGAGAGACACCAGGGAGGAAAACCACCAGGGACCUGACAGGCAGACCGCUGCUGGUAAAUGGGUAACAAACUCGGACCGAGCCGCACAGCACUCUUCCAGCCACGAUCCGUGUGUCAGGUGACGUUAAACGACUCGCCCGCGGACACUCGGCUGACUCUCUAGUUUAAGAUCUGCUGUUGUUGUGAUGCUAGCUGUAGCAGCAGGAGAGUUGUGAGCGUCGCUGUCUGGAGCUGCUGUGCUGCUCUGGGAAACCGUCUCGUCCUCUCUGGCUGUUAGCUUAGCAGCAGCAGCUGUAGGGACAGUUUGCUAACCCGCAAGCUAGCUAACGUUAGUUACAUCACUUGCUGUGUCGUCGUUCGCUCUGUGUCACGGUAUUUGUUUGUACUGGAUUUCUCCAGAAUCACGCACUGCACCUUUAAUGAAGGCAUGCAAACAGAUGUUCAAACUGUCUCACUGUCGGAGCUGAACUGAGGCUCAACGACGACUGACCGCAGUUUCUGGUCCCUGUUGUCUCCACGUGGAUCUGUUCAAACACUGAGCCGCUUCAGUUUCCUCCUCACACGUUUGUAACACCGUGUUGUUUGUAAAUGAUUUCACUUUUUACAAGCUUUUGUCAAUAAGUGUGUGCCGAUCGUGAUGAACCUGCUGUUAAAAAUAGUCAUGAAAUGUCAUUAAAAUAAAGGUUUUAAUCUAA